CUCUCUCUCUCUCUCUCUCUCUCUCAUCGCUCAGCCUCUCCAGUAUUUUCUCCAUUGCCGUGCAAGGCAGAACACACACACACACUCACACACUCACGGGUGGCAGGAUGUCGAUCGUCAGCAUCGUUGCCAGGGAGAUCCUGGACUCCAGGGGAAACCCCACUGUGGAAGUGGAUCUUCGCACAGAAAAAGGUCUAUUCAGGGCUGCAGUGCCCAGUGGGGCUUCCACAGGGAUCUACGAGGCUCUGGAGCUCCGAGAUGGCGAUAAAAGCCGUUUCAAGGGAAAAGGUGUUUUGAAGGCAGUUGGACACAUCAAUGAUACUCUGGCGCCAGCCCUCAUAGCCUCUGGCAUCAGUGUGGUGGAGCAGGAGCAGUUGGACAACACGAUGAUUGAAAUGGAUGGCACAGAAAACAAAUCUAAGUUUGGAGCCAAUGCCAUUUUGGGAGUAUCCCUCGCCAUCUGUAAAGCCGGUGCAGCAGAGAAGGACGUCCCUUUGUACCGCCACAUAGCCGACUUAGCUGGAAACACCGAGCUUGUGCUGCCGGUUCCUGCCUUUAAUGUGAUAAAUGGAGGAUCUCAUGCAGGAAACAAACUUGCCAUGCAGGAGUUCAUGGUUCUGCCUGUUGGGGCCGAGUCUUUCAAGGAGGCCCUGAGGAUAGGAUCCGAGCUCUACCACACACUGAAGGGCGUGAUUCAUGAGAAAUAUGGCCAGGAUGCUAUUAACGUUGGAGAUGAAGGGGGAUUUGCUCCAAACAUCCUGGAGAACAGUGAAGCCCUGGACUUGCUGCAGACUGCCAUUGAGAAAGCAGGCUUCACCGAUAAGGUCGUAGUCGGGAUGGACGUGGCUGCCUCUGAGUUUUACCGUGAGGGGAAGUACGAUCUGGACUUCAAAUCCCCUCCGGAUUCAUCCCGACACAUCAGCGGAGAAGAGCUGGCUGACAUCUACCAAAGCUUUGUCAAUAAUUACCCAGUGGUCUCCAUCGAGGAUCCGUUUGACCAGGAUGACUGGGAGGCCUGGUCCCGUCUGACGGCCCAGGUGGGGAUUCAGGUUGUUGGAGACGACUUGACUGUGACCAACCCAAAAAGGAUAGAGAAAGCUGCCGAGGAGCGAGCCUGCAACUGCCUGCUGCUCAAAGUCAACCAGAUCGGCUCCGUCACCGAAGCUAUACAGGCAUGCAAGCUGGCUCAGGCCAAUGGCUGGGGAGUGAUGGUCAGCCAUCGCUCAGGGGAGACAGAGGACACCUUUAUCGCCGACCUGGUGGUAGGACUCUGUACUGGACAGAUUAAGACUGGCGCCCCUUGCAGAUCUGAGCGACUUGCUAAAUACAACCAGCUCAUGAGGAUCGAGGAGGAGCUGGGCGACCAGGCUCGCUUCGCCGGCCAUAACUUCAGGAACCCAAGCGUCCUGUGAAACCAGCUGACAGACGAGAAUGACUCACACACUCAACGCACGCAAAAUGCCCACGCAAACUGACACAAACGACUAACAAGGAAUGAGCCAUGUACAAAGAACGAUCACUCAAAUUCAGGAAAAAUACAAUUGCAAAAGAGCUAAGCAAAAGAAAUGAAUCAAUUAUGCACUAGACUUAAAAGAAGGGAGGUGAUGCCGUUUGUAGACACACAGACACACAUGCACACAGUCGCAACACCUGAAAAUGCACAUGCAGGGGAAUACUUUAAAGAAAACCCUAGAAUCUAUAAGCCAGACAUGCACUGUUACUGUAGGAAUAGUUCAUGUACACCCAGGAGGCAGGCCUGCAAAGAUAACAAUUAUUGUUGUAAAAAACCAGAGAUGAAAAAGUAGAAAUUCUGUAGAAUAAUAUAGUCUGAAGCACGCAACUGAAAGAGAUGAAAAAGUCAAACUUUUAAGACCAAACGAGGAUGAUGCAGAUGUAGGAACUGAGUGAAAGCAACAAUAAAACAAUAAAGAGCACUCCAACACCAAAACACACACACACACACUCUCUCAGCUGUGUCUCUCUCUCACCUGGACACUCAAGAACCUGCACUCUUCCCAGCUCUAUCCUCCUCCCUUUUUCCUCUCUCUAUAUUUUACUCUCCUUCUCGUUGUGUCUGUGUCUCAGUUUUAACUGUUCUGGUUUUCUUCUCAACCUUGUGUGAAUCUGAUUAUUUGUCCUUCAUGCCUGAAGUCCUGCUUCUGUCCUGAAAGAAAAAAGAAAAUCCUUAAAACCCGAGAACCUUUGACCCUUUUGGUUCCCCCGUCCCUUGUUUGUCCAUAGAAUAGCUGUGUCAAAAAAAGAAGAAAGAGCAAUGAAAAUAAAAAAAAA